ACUCAUGUCAUUCGCCAUUUUCAUUUUUUACCAUACGGGUGUUUUCUUUGGCUGUGAACAGAAAACAUAAUAGUGAAUCAAAUUUUUUAAUAAAAAUGGAGAUGUCUUUAAAUCCUGUACGUGUUCUCAAAAAUGAGGCACAAGAAGAGAAAGCCGAGAUGGCUCGUCUAUCUUCUUUCAUAGGCGCCAUUGCUAUUGGAGAUUUGGUUAAAAGUACCUUGGGCCCUAAAGGUAUGGACAAAAUCUUGGUGGCCCAUGGUCGCGAAGCUGGCAAAGUGAGCGUUACCAAUGAUGGUGCUACUAUUUUGCGUUCUGUUGGUGUUGACAAUCCUGCAGCCAAGAUUUUAGUCGAUAUGUCUCGUGUCCAAGACGAAGAAGUUGGCGAUGGCACUACUUCCGUUACUGUAUUAGCUGCUGAACUUUUGCGUGAAGCUGAAAAGCUGAUUGAUCAAAAGCUUCAUCCACAAAUUAUUAUUGCUGGUUGGCGUAUGGCCACCAAGGUGGCUCGUGAAGCUCUUAUCCAAUCCUCACAAGACAACUCUGCCAAUGAUGCUAAAUUCAAAGAAGAUCUUAUGAAUAUUGCCCGCACUACAUUGUCCUCAAAGAUUUUGCAUCAGCACAAGGACUUCUUUGCCAAUUUAGCUGUCGAUGCUGUUUUGCGCUUGAAGGGCUCUGGUGAAUUACACGCCAUUCAAAUCAUUAAGAAGAGCGGUGGUACCUUGGAUGAUUCAUUUUUGGAUGAAGGUUUCUUGCUGGACAAAAAACCAGGUGUACAUCAACCACAGAGAAUUGAAAAUGCUAAAAUUCUCAUUGCCAACACCCCUAUGGACACUGACAAAAUCAAAGUGUUCGGCAGUACCAUUAAGGUCGACAGCUUAGCAAAGAUUGCUGAUUUGGAAUUGGCCGAAAAAGAGAAAAUGAAGGAUAAAGUACAAAAGAUCUUAAAUCACAACUGUAACGUAUUCAUCAAUCGUCAAUUGAUUUACAACUAUCCCGAACAAUUGUUUGCCGAUGCUGGUGUUAUGGCCAUUGAACAUGCUGACUUUGAUGGCAUUGAACGUUUGGCUUUGGUUACCGGAGGUGAAAUUGUAUCGACUUUCGAAAAUCCCGCUUUGGUGAAAUUGGGUGAAUGUGAUGUGAUUGAACAAAUUAUGAUUGGAGAAGACACUCUCAUGCGUUUCAGUGGUGUUAAAUUGGGUGAAGCUUGUACCAUUGUUAUUCGUGGUGCUACACAACAAAUUUUGGAUGAAGCCGAUCGUUCGUUGCAUGAUGCUUUGUGCGUUUUGGCUGCUACCGUUAAGGAGUCACGUAUUAUUUAUGGUGGUGGUUCUUCGGAAGCUUUAAUGGCCAACGCUGUAUUUAAAAAGGCUGCUGAAACCGCAGGCAAGGAAGCUAUUGCCAUGGAAGCAUUUGCACGUGCUCUUUUGGCUUUACCCACUGCUAUUGCUGACAAUGCUGGCUACGAUUCCGCUCAAUUGGUUUCCGAAUUAAGAGCUGCUCAUGCCCAAGGCAUUGCAACAGCUGGCCUUGAUAUGGACAAGGGCAAAGUGGGUGAUAUGAAGGAAUUAGGCAUCACCGAAUCAUUUGCUGUUAAACGUCAAGUCCUUUUGUCAGCCGCUGAGGCCGCCGAAAUGAUUUUACGUGUAGAUAACAUUAUUAAGUGUGCACCCAGAAGACGUGUACCCGAUCGUGGCUAUUGUUAAGCUAUUCUUUUUUUUACUUUUCCAUCAUCCUUUGCAUAAAAACUCAUGAUGUUCUCCACAUUUUAUAAACUACUUAAUUUAAUCAAUCACUUUUUUGUUAAAAAAAAAAACAAACUAACGUUUAUUUAAUUAACACCCCUGAUCCUGCUGUUAUGAAUUCUUUAUUUUUAAUUGUAUUAUCUUUUUGAUUCAUUUAAUGUUCUAUGUUUAAAAUCUCUUCUUUUAAUCAUUUUAACUUACUUGGCGAAUAAAGUCAGCUUAGCUUG